AUUAAUUCCGCUCGACCUCUCUAAAGCUGCUUCGCUCGAAACUGGAAUUAGAACUUGGAAGGCAUUUCCCAUUUUCUUUGUGGUAUUAAGCUUGUAAUAUCAUGCUGAGAUCUAUGUAGUAGCAGCAACUGGCUGAGAUGAAUGAUGGCGCAGGUUAUUGAUUCCCAACGCAGCGGUGUUGCAAGCACCCACGUGAGCUUCAUCUGCCAACGAUGCUGUGCUCCUUUAAAACUCGAUCCUUCUUUCAAUUCAUUAGACAGCCAAACAUACAGUGAUCUUGCUUCUCCACUAAUCCGAUCUAUGAGUGAAAAGCCUCCAGAGUCAUCAAUUCCCUGUGAUCAGUUUGAUGUCAAUAAAGACGAUAAUGUUGCAAGGAAAGAAAUAAUUACUCAAAGGACAUCAUCUCAAGAUAGCAGUCAUGAAUUCACUAUUCUUGGUGAAGCUGGUAACACACAGGUAGAAGCCAGAAGCUAUGCUUGUAAGAUUUGGGGUCAGUUGUUUGACAUUAUGUCUGGUCAUUCAGAUGUUGACCACCCACUUUGUGAGGAAUGUACUGAUAGCUUGCUAGAUGGGCUAGACAUUCAACUCAAGACAACAGAGGAUGAGCUAAAACACUAUACUGAGUCACUGGCACAGCUGAAGGAAGACAAUGGUGGCGAAGAUGAGGCCACCCUUACUAAAGAACUUGAAGAGUUGAGGUUGGAAGAGAAAAGCCUUAUCGAAGAACUACAGAGCAUGGAAGCUGAAAAAGAGAAGAUUAAAGAAGACACUGAACGACAGAAGGAAGAACUACAAAAGUAUGAAGAUGAAGAAAAAAGAUAUUGGAGUGAGUACAGUGUUUACAAAAGGCAGUUACUAGAGAUGGAAGAUGAACAGAGGAGUGUUGAUAACCAACUAAAGUACGCUCAAGCCCAACUGGAGAAACUAACACGAACGAAUGUCUUUAAUGCUACAUUCCAUAUUUGGCACAGUGGGCAUUUUGGAACCAUAAACAAUUUUCGAUUGGGAAGACUUCCUAGUGUUCCUGUAGAAUGGAAUGAGAUCAACGCUGCAUGGGGUCAGACGGUUCUACUACUCCACUCCCUUGCUAAGAAAAUGCAAUAUAAGUUCCAAAGGUACCGUCUCGUUCCUUAUGGCAAUCACUCAUUCUUGGAGUCAUUGACUGACAGGAAUAAAGAGCUCCCUCUACAUGGCUCUGGUGGAUUCCGAUUCUUUUGGGAUACUAAGUUUGAUCAGGCCAUGGUAGCAUUUCUAGAUUGUCUUCAGCAAUUCAAAGAGGAGGUAGAGAAAGGAGAUAAAGGGUUCUGCCUUCCUUAUCCAAUGAUAAAUGGCAAGAUAGAGGACCCAAGCACUAAGACAUCCUUUUCAAUAAAAAUCCAGUUUAAUUCCGAGGAGCAUUGGACCAAAGCUUUGAAAUUCAUGUUGACCAAUUUGAAGUGGGCCUUAGCAUGGGUGUCAUCACAGUUCAAGAAAUGAUUAUAUGGUAAAUACACCAUUGGAUACACAACACUAGAUACAGAAAUUAAGUGCCUGUAGAAUGCCAGAUAUUGAGUUCCACUUGUGCAAGUGUCCUGAUAUCUUCAUAUCUCUCAAAAUGAUAGUGAAUGUUAAUACAUACUCUACAGGGGCAGAUCCAAAAUUUUUUAAAUGAUAGGGCAUCAACUUCAUGAGGCCUGGUGGAUGCAUUGAAUAUUUAUACAGAUAAAUAAGUAUCCAAUAAUCAUAUGAUUCAUGUUCAGUGUAUUAAAUAAAUGCUGUUACAAAUUACUGUAACAUUUAGUUUUUGUAUGCCAUUUGUAUCUUUUUCUGGAAUUUGAGAACCCGGGGAACGUUUCGCAUGCCCUUCCCCCACAUAUUCCCCUGCCAUACCAGCACGUGUCCACACAGGACCAGGCAGCUGUAUUGAUGUCUUCAGGAGUCAAUACCCCUGGUUGGCGUUUAGCACAACCAAUUAUGUGAUUACUAAUAGCAUCCUAUGUAUCAGAGUGUUAUGUGAUUUAUUAUAUUCAUUUAUUUAAAUUUUCUUUGUAUGGCAGAUAAUACUGGAUAAGUAUCUGUUUAAUAAAUGGUUUUAAAAACAUUUGUUAGUAGCAUCUAUUAAACAUGUCACAAAAUGUUAUUUCAAUGCAAUAAUUAGCAAUUAAUGUUAGUGGUAUUGUGAAUAUAACAAUACAGUUUAUCUGAUUUUGUCUCAUAUUAUUUUUAUUUUAUUCUAUGUAAUAUUACUUUAAAUAUCUACUGUAUAUGUAAAUGAUUUUUAAAUGUAUGAAAACUUAUGCUGAAAUAAAUACAGACACUAGUCUAUAA